UGCCGGCAGCCAGCGCCGCGCCGUGUCGGAUCGCGCCGGGACGUGCCGGGCCAUACGGGGCUGUGCUGGACUGUACUGGGCUGUGCCAGGCCAUACCGAGCCGAACUGGACCAUACUGGGCUGGGCUGGACCACACCGAGCCGUGUUGGGCUGUACUGGGCUGUACUGGACCAUAUUGAGCAGGGCUGUGCUGGGCCAUACUGGGCUGUGCUGGGCCAUACUGGGCUGUACUGGACCACCCUGGGCUGUACCAUACGGAGCUGCACUGGACUCUGCUGAGCUGUGCUGGGUGAGACGUGACCGAGCCCUGUGGCCUGUGCCGUGUGCCGUGGCCUGUGCCGUGCCGCCCGCACCAUGGUGGCGGGGAUGCUGAUGCCGCUGGAGCGGCUGCGCUCCAUCCUGGAGCUGCUGUUUCGCGAGGGUGUUCUGGUCGGGGAGCGGGACGGGUGCCCCCGGCGCACCCACCCGCAGCUGCCCGGCGUGGCCAACGUGGAGGUCCGGCGUGCCAUGGCCUCGCUGCGCUCCCGCGGCCUCGUGCGCCAAACGGCCGCCUGGCGACACCUCUACUGGUACCUGACGGACGCCGGCAUCGCCCACCUGCGCCAGUACCUGCGCCUGCCGCCGGACGUCGUCCCGCGCUCCCUGCAGCGCGUCCCCCGCCCCGCCGCCCCCCCGCCCCGAGGCCCGCCGCGCCACCGCCACCGCCGGCACCCAGCGGGCACGUCCUGCUGGCGGUGACCGCCUCUACCGCAGGAAGGACGAGGGCGAGGGGCACGUGGAACCCGUUGCCGUCACCGCAGGGCAGGGGGUGUCCCAGCCGCCCCCCCAGCCCAGCCCGCCCACAGAUGAGCGAGAUCGUGUCCAGAAGAAAACCUUCACCAAAUGGGUCAA